AGCUAGUUUUAAAAUCAAAUGUUCUGUGGUUAAAAGGCAAAAAUGCUUGCGAAAUUCAUUCCAUUUGUGUUACUAACUGCUUAUUCUUUCAUUUCGUGGCUUGUAUUUAACAAAGUGUACGGUACGACGCAACUUGUUAUCGAUGAAGAGUUUCAUUUGCGGCAGGGUAAUCACUAUUGCAUGGGCCGGUUUCAAGUGUGGGAUCCAAAAAUUACCACCUUCCCCGGGCUUUACCUUGCAUCAGCCCUCGUGCUCAAUCCCGUGAACGCCUGUUCCGUGUACAAUCUGCGACUAACGUCCCUGGUAGCCGGCAUCGUAAACGUGGUGCUCAUUUUCCUGAUACGACGAAACUUUAUCAACCGGAAAACUAACACCGACCUCCUGCUGGAAACGGCCUCGCUGGCACUACUUCCCCCACUGUACUUUUUCUCACACCUCUACUACACCGAUGUCCUGUCCGUCACGGCCGUCCUCUUGCUGUUGCUGGCCAGUGAACGGCGAAGGCACAACUGGGCCGCACUCUGGGGCUUCUUUGCGGUGCUGAUGCGCCAAACGAACAUCGUAUGGGUGGGAUUUGUUUGUGGGUCGCGCGCUUUGGAUAUGCUGCUCGCCAGAGGAAAUGUGAAGCAAAUGUUACUUUCUCCGAGCCGGAUGAUUCACCUCGUAGGCGACAUAAUCGACCGAUUUUGGGCUUACGCUCUGGUUAUGGCCGGGUUCGUUGCAUUCCUUGUGUUCAACGGUUCCAUCGUUAUCGGUGAUAAAUCUGCACACGAAGCCGCAAUACAUCUUCCGCAGCUUCUUUACUUUGUCGUUUUCUUCGCCGCAUUCAGUUCUUCCUUGGUACUUCCAGCGGGUGUGACCAUUUUAAAGACUUUGAUACGCAAAUGGUAUCUUGUGGCACUUGCAUGCACCAUUGCCGGCGUAAUAAUCCACUACAACACCAUCGUACACCCGUACCUGCUGGCGGACAAUCGACACUAUACCUUUUACCUGUGGAACCGAUUCUACGGUCGUUGGACGUUUGCACGCUUUCUUCCGAUUCCGCUCUACGUGGUUGGCGGUUUCCUCGUAUGGAAAGCAAGCAUGCAGCAUCAAUCUUUCGGAUACAUCAUCCUAUCCACGGUGGCCAUAUUUGCCUCCAUUGCGUUACAGCAACUCAUCGAAGUGCGCUACUUUCUGCUUCCAUUCCUUGUCCUGCGGCUGCUCCGUAAAGGUGGCGUUUCGAGGAAGGCACUUAUUCUAGAGCUGCUCAUAAAUGUAGCCAUCAAUGUUGUAACAUUCGCACUUUUCUUUCAUAAAGAGAUUAGUUGGAAAAAUUACACAGCACCACAAAGAAUAAUGUGGUAAAAUUACAAAGCAAUCAAAACUGUAGGACAUCGGAGAAAACUUUUAGGCUGUUCCACACAUCAUCCCUUUGAAAGUCUGAUAUAAAAUUAAAUGUGCAUUCAGUUUGCCCUAAAGAGCUUAAUAUUUGAUUAAAUCUAUUCUGCAAUUGUUAAGGAUUCCCUUUGAACGCACAAUAAAACUUUGCUCUUCUAGUCUAUCUGUAA